AUGAACAGCGAUUUACUUCAACAAUUUAGACCUUCACAGGUGAUUAAUUGGGACGAUAAUACAAAAAGACUAAUAUUAUUGGGCAGUUUGAAUAAUUAGUGCGCCAUUCUCAUAUUGCAAAAGAAACCCUUUGAAAAGGAAGUUCAACAACUUGCAUUAGAUUAAGCUGUCCAAUAUUUCCACAAUGAUAUAUAUACAAAAUACAAUUGUCAGAUGUUGAGCGAUAUUGAUUGCGAAUUGAUUUGUCCUGCGAGUUAGGUUCAUAUUGACAAAUAUUCGAAAUCUGAAUCAGUUGUCAUUGAAGAAACCUAUGACAUGUACAAUUAAUCAUAAAUUAUUUAAAUGCCCUUGGAUUGGGUCUAUAAUAUACUGGAAAAGAAGAAAGAGGUGGAAAAUAUUGUAUUUGAAAAUCAAACAUUUUUAAUUCUUAAGGAUUAUGUUUUUGUGAAUUCUCAAAGCUUGGAUGAUUUGCAUUUGUUGGCACUUCCAUUUUAACGAGAUAUAAAAUCAUUGAGGGAUUUAAAUUAAGAUCACAUUGCAAUGUUGGAAGAUAUGUAUACUGAAGGUUUAAAAAUAAUUUCAGAAAAAUACAAAUUAGAGUCAAAAUUUGUGAAAGUUUUCGUUCAUUACCUUCCAUCAUUUUAUCAUUUUCAUGUGCAUUUCACUCACUCCAGUCAUUUGGGAUAGGCAUUUCGAGAUAUUCCACUUUUAUAGAUAAUAUAAAAUAUUAAAUUAAAAAGCAAUUACUAUUAAUCAGUUGCACUUCAAUAUAUAUCAAAAGUAAGAAUUAAUUAGGCCUGA